GGAAGAAUUGAUUGACCAACGGGUGUCGCCGGAAGUAGUUGUUUGGAGGCAGUGAACGUUUCCGGAGGCUAGUGUCAUGGCGAUGGCCAUGUGAAUGAUCGUGGGUUCGGUUUCAGCAGAUUCAGAGUCACUGACGAUCUCCUCGGUUGCAAGAAUGGCUGCAAUGGAUGAGGAUUUCCCUCGUGGAGGGGUGCAGAGAAAUCCCACUAGGGAAAAGGUGAAGAGGAGCGUGGAAGAUGAAAACCUGUUUCAGAUGCAUCAUGAUAAUGUAAAAAAGAAACAGAAAAACAAGAAAAAAUCGAUCCCUGUAGAAGCAAAGAAACAGAAGACAAAGAAUGGUGGUACAUUACAAACAAAUCAAAGGAUCAAGGCACAGUGUCUCUCCCUCAAGGAACUGAAUGUUGGGGUGCUCUUGCUUGGCUGUGUGAAGGAAGUGACUGAUUUUGAACUCGUCAUUGGGUUGCCCCAUGGGCUCACUGGUUAUGUCAGUCUCACCAACAUCUGUGAUGCAUAUACCAAAUCCCUAAGGGAACAGAUUGAUGAGGAACUGUCAGAGGAUCUGGUAGUCCUGUCAGAUCUGUACAGCCCUGGUAUGGUUAUACGAUGUGCUGUGUACGAGCUCGGAAAGACAAAUUCCAACUACCACAGCUUGAAACUCUCCAUUAACCCGAAGGAUGUAAACAAGGCAUUGUCUCCUGAAGCACUGCAAGCUGGCAUGCUACUCUCAGGCUGUGUAUCCAGUGUUGAGGAACAUGGCUAUCUGGUCGACAUUGGAGUCAAAGCCACCAAAGCUUUCCUCUCACACAUGAAAACCCAGGAGUUCAUAAAGAGUAGAAAUCGAGGCAUGCCUCUCCGUGUUGGUCAAUAUCUAACCACACUGGUGGAGUCAGUGAAGAAUGAUGGCCGCAUUGCCCAGCUCUCGGUCCGUCGUACUGACGUUGCUGCAGCAACAGCAACCGAAGAUCAGAAAUGGAGUCUCUCCAAUCUGCUCCCUGGGCUGAUAAUCAGGGCUGAAAUUCAAAAGGUGGAUACCUGCGGUUUGAUUCUGCAGUUUAACUCUGGUUUGAGUGGGACAGUCGAUUUCAUGCAUCUGGAUCCACGGCGAGUCAGGACCUACCGCCCCGGGCAGCAGGUGAAAGCUUGUGUUCUGUAUGUGCAGCCGGAAACAAAGGCUGUACACCUGACAUUGCGGCCUGCCUUCCUACAUCCGGGGGCAAUGUUGCAGGAGUCAAGCCCCCAUGGGAUUGGGAAGAUUUUCGAGCAAUGCACUGUGCGGAGUUACUACAAAGGAGCUGGUGUCAUCUUUCAGCUGGAUGAUGGGACCGUUGCCUAUUCACCUAAAUCUCAUCUGUCGAGCACUGCGAUGCCCUUUGACCCAAAAGACUUCAGUGAAGGUUCCAGGCACAGGUGCAGGGUCAUUGACCACAGCCCAAUGGAACAGAUGGCUCUGGUGUCUCUGAGAAAGAGCAUUCUUGAUGCCCAAUUUUUGAAGUACCAGGACAUUCAGCUGGGACAGCUGGUUGAGGGUAAAGUGACCUCUCUGGAGAGUUAUGGAAUGCACGUGAAGCUAACUGACCACAUUCAGGGGCUGGUGCCUCAUACACAUCUGUCAGACAUUCCCCUGAAACACCCAGAAAAGCUGUACAGUGUGGGAAAUCUGGUGAAGUGCAGGGUACUGAUGGUAAACAGUGGCACCAAGAAACUGACCCUGACUCUGAAGAAGACGCUGGUUGGUUCAAAGCUUUCUGUUAUUACCCAGUACAAGGAGGCUGUUCCAAAGCAACUGGCCCACGGUUACAUCGUCUCUGUGAAGCCCUAUGGCUGCAUCGUCAGCUUCUAUGGUGAUGUGCGAGGGCUCGUCCCUCAGCAGGAGCUGAGUACCCAGCCCAUCCCCUUUCCGGAGAAGGUCUUCUAUGUUGGUCAGGUUGUCAAGGUCAUUGUCCUAAAGUGUGACCCAACUCAGGAGAAGCUGCUGUUAUCCAUGAAAACCACACAGAAGGUGGGAACUGACGCUGAUGAGUCUUCAAUGUACCCAACUGGAAAGAUUGUCGAUGUGGAAGUCUUGGCGAAGGUGGAGAAUGGGCUGAAGGUCUCCAUUCUCCCACAGCGUGCACCUGCCUUUCUCCCAACGGUACAACUCUCGGACUAUGUCUCAAAUUGUCAGCUUCUUGCUGAGAGGCUGCAGAAGGGUGACAUCCUCUCCAAUGUUAUGUGUUUAAGCCAAGCCCAAGGCCAGAUUAUUCUUUGCAGAAAAGCUGCAGUGAUAGCUUUUGCUAAACAAGCGCCACUGCCAAAGGACGUAUUGGAACUCCAGGUGGGAAUGCAGAUGCCGGGUUUUGUGAAGAACAUUAUGACAUAUGGAGUGUUUGUCGAAUUCCCACAUGGACUGUAUGGCCUGGCUCCCAAAGCUGCUAUGUCUGAUAAGUUUGUCACAAACAUCGAAGAUCAUUUUGUGGUGGGCCAGACAGUGGUUGCCAAGGUUACAAACCUGGAUGAGGAAAAGAAGCGAGUAUUACUGACUCUGAAAGUGUCUGAAUGUGGGUCUGGGGAAGAGGAUGAUGAAAGUCUUGCACUCCUGAGCCAGUACUGUGGGGAACUGGAAUUUGUCAGGACCUUGAUGAGCAGCAGAGAUUCUCCAGUUGCUGUCAGUUUAAGUCGCCUGGCUACAGGGCAGAGACUCCAGCUGGUAGUUAGCAGAGUGGAGGAUGAUGGCACAAUAUAUUUCACGGGUACACAGGUUACCAAGCACACUGUUACAGCCAGUCGCUAUCACCAGGAAGGGGUGUCUCUGAGCCCAGGACAACAGUGCACAGCAGUCGUGAUGUUUGUAGAUCUCCUCUCAUCCAUUGUUCAUGUGUCUGUCCGUCAGGAGCUGCUAAAUGCUAAUGUGAAAAAGUUGAAAGGAAUUUCCCAGCAUCCUGCUGUGGUGCAAUUUGUGACACAGGAUGUUGCCGUUGUUUCACUGGCUGGCACUUCGAAGCUGCUUCUCGUUCCAGUCACAUUCCAUCUAAACGACACCUUUCACUUCGACUCUGAGAAACUCUUUGUGGGACAGACCAUCUCUGUGUCGCUGCACACAGCUGGAGUAGAACAUCAUGGGAUCCCGCUCGCUGCCCGAGGACGCAAGAAACACAGGAGGGUCAAGCGAGAGCGCCAAAUGUCAGAAGAAGAGGAUUUGACACCUGUGGUUCAGCAUGCACUGUAUGUCGGGAAUGUAGUAAGUGGAACUGUGAAAUCCGUGCAGCCAAACUGCCUGCUGAUCAAGUUAGAAGGCGGCGUGACUGGAUUUGUUCACGUUUCAGAAAUCGAUGACUACGUUCCUGACGGCUCCUUUCCAACGACGAAACAAAAAGUUGGCAAUGUCGAAACAGCAAAGGUCAUUGGAGGUAGAGAAGUCAAGUCUCACAGAUUUUUGCCAAUCACGCACCCGAACUUUUCGAUGACUAUACCAGUGUUAACACUGCGACCAAGCAAGCUGUCAGGAGACAGUGAGCUCAUGUUCCAGAGCGAGGACUUAGCAGACCAGCUGAAAUCCUACAAACCCGGCCAAGUGUUAACGUGCUAUGUGUCGAAGUACAACCAUACCAGAAAAUGUCUGGUUGUUGAAGUCACUCCUGUCAUUUCUGGAAGUGUAGAGCUGCUGCUGAUGUCUCAAAAAGUCAAGCACUUGAAGUUUCCCAAGAAACAUUUUCAAUCUGGCCAGGCCUUAACUGCGAAGGUGAUCGGCCCAGACACAACGAACAGCCAUCUCAGCCUCUCACUCACAGGUUUAUGUUCUCUGGAUGAAGGUUCGAUAACACUGGGCAUAAUCAAGAAGGUCACUCCACACUUGGGGGUCACCAUCAAGCUCCCUUUUGGAAAGAAUGGUCAAGUGGGGCUAUGUGAUAUAGCAGAUUCAUACAAAGAGUCACAAUUUGAGGCGCUCACCCCGGGCCGCAUAGUCAGGUGCUGUGUCAUUUCAAAUGAUAAGCAUGAAUUGGCAGUUUCUCUCAGGAACUCAAGAGUGUACCCUGAACAUGAGUCUUCAAUAAGUGACCCAGAGAUUACAUCGGCCAAGGACCUUCAGAAGGGGCAGCUCCUGAGAGGUUAUGUAAAGGCUGUCAGAGUGUCUGGAGUCUUUGUCAGUCUCUCCUCUUCAGUGUCAGGCCGCGUCCUAUUCGAUUACAUCACAGAUCACUUUGUCAAGGACCAUGUAAUCUUCAUGAGAAACAUCCCAAAAGGAAAGCUGGUGACAGUCAAAGUACUGAGUGUAAAGGAUGAAGUGGAGCUCUCGCUCCUCCCUCAGGACACAGGAGCUCCAGAUGUGCUGUCAAAGUCCGGCUUACCAUUGAAACAAUCCAAAAUGCUGAGUAAUGCAAAAGGGACAGUCUCAAAAACCUUCAAACGCAAGAGAAGAGGUUCAGGGAGUGAGCAGAUUUCCUCCAAAAAAUUGAAAACAAGCAGGAAACAGAAGAAUUCGGAGGAGGCAGAGAGUGGAGUGGAGGUAUACUUUCAUGAGGAGGACAGUGAUACUGAAAUUCAACAGCAGCCAAAUCCCAGAAAAACCCAGGUUCCCAGGCUAGAAGUGCCACUCAGCUUUGCUUGGGAUGUGAGUUUAAACACUAUCUCUCCUGUGACUCGGAAACGUGAAGGCAUCAGCUCAGACAGUGAGGAAGACGAGCCUGAGGACUCCAAGGCCAAGGUGACGAAGAGAGAGAAGGAAGUGGGGAAGUGGCAGAUGGAAAAAGAGCUGACGAAGGUUGAGCAGCAGCUGAUGGACCCCAAUCGACACCCGCAGUCAGCUGAGGACUUUGACCGUCUGGUCCUGAGCUCCCCCAACAGCUCCAUUCUCUGGACACAGUACAUGGCAUUCCACCUGCACGCAACUGAGAUUGAGAAGGCACGGACUGUGGCAGAGAGAGCCCUGAAAACCAUCUCCUUCAGAGAGGAGCAGGAGAAAUUGAAUGUCUGGGUUGCACUGCUAAAUCUGGAGAAUCUCUAUGGCACAGAAGAGUCACUGAUGAAAGUGUUUGAACGUGCUGUUCAGUACAAUGAGCCGCUGAAGGUCUUCCAGCAGUUGGCCAGUAUCUAUACCAAAUCUGAGAAAUACAAGCAAGCAGACAACCUGUACAACACCAUGCUGAAACGGUUCCGCCAAGAGAGCACUGUCUGGCUUAAUUACGCCACCUUCCUCCUCAAGCAGGGAAAGACUGACUGUACCAGUGCUUUACUGCAGAGGGCGCUGAAGUGUCUGCCCCAGAAAGAACAUGUUGACAUAAUUGCCAAGUUUGCACAGCUGGAGUUUCGUCUCGGGGACACCGAACGGGCGAAGGCAAUGUUUGAGAGCACGCUGAACAAUUACCCCAAACGCACAGAUCUGUGGUCAGUCUAUAUCGACCUGAUGGUGAAGCAUGGUAACCAGGACGAAAUCAGGCAUCUCUUCGAAAGAGUCAUACACCUGAAGCUUGCACCAAAGAAGAUGAAGUUCUUCUUCAAAAGGUAUCUUGAGUAUGAGAAGAAACAUGGAAGCGAGGAGAGAGUACAGGGUGUGAAGGAGAAGGCGCUAAAAUACGUUGAGUCAACGAGCUUGCCUGUGGACAGCUAAUCGCACUGAUAGCUGCACUUUACAAAUUGGACUUCUCAGUGGCUACAUUGGUGUCUGAGGUUCCUGUGUUCGAGGAAGGGCAGUGGGACAGAUCUCUGGACAAUCCGAUGUCCAAAAGCUUCUCCAGUUCAUCAGCAGUGAAUACAUGUAGAGUUGAGAAUCUGGGGUUGAUUGCAAUCUCAGUGCCAGAGCCUUUCCCUGCUUUCCCAAAGAUAGCUGGUGUAGUAAGGCAUUGAUCCAGGGUGCUGUGGUUACCUCAUGGCCAAGUGCCCAGAACAGUUCUUGCACCACAUUCGUUCAGACUGAUGGUUAACUAAGAACAUUCCUGCUGUUAACUCUGUAUUGCCAAUGAACAUUAUUCCCUCAAAUAAAGCCCACCAUAUUGCAAAGCUGUUUUACUAGUUUGGAAAUCAGGACUUCUGUUGUUAAUGCAGUAACCAGUGCACACAUCUGCACAUCUUCCAUUGCUGUCUUUCCACCUCCCACAGCCCAUGAUUAAUGAUAAGUCCUGGCUCUAGGUCUGCAAUGUUUCAGCCCAGAAUCCAGGCUGCAGCAUGUGACUGCAAACCUUUUCAGGUGAGCUGAGCAGAUUCUCAAAGGGUCUGAGUUUGUUUGGUCUCUUUUCCACUUGAUAUCAUGGUGACGUGGCGACUGCAACUUCUGAAUUGUUGGACAACGAGUUGACAAGGUCCAGGGGCCUGGCAGGGGGUGUGAUGUGUCUCUGUUCUGGAUGGAACUCAGACUGAGAUGUUACAGAGUGAAAUAACGGUGUAUGUUUUAUGUUAAGGGAUAGUAUUUUGCUGUAUGAGCCUCUUUACAGGACUGACCCCGUUCUGGCAGUGUGUGCUAUAAUGCCACGGUGCUUCCUGAUUUUGAAUGUUGCUAUCAGUCAGUCUCAGAUGUAAGUCUCCUUUGGAUCACUAACACUCUUGCAAACAGUUCCUUUCUCUCUAUUAAAAUACUAUGAUUUUGAA